GAAGGAGGCAUUUCCAUAAGAUCUAGGAUAAUAGACUCCUGUAAGCAAUUCGGUAAGAUUUAAGUCGAGGUUAUUUCACCAAAAAUUAUCUGUGUGGACUGAAACACCCAAGAUUUAAAAGCAGCAGCGCCUUAGGAACUGCAUCUGAACGAUGGAGACAGCUCUAGCAAAAACGCCAGAGAAAAGGCAAGUCGUUUUUCUUACUAUAUUGUUGCUUUUAUGGGAGGCUGACUGUAAGACAAUAAGAUAUUCCAUGCCAGAAGAAACAGAGACUGGAUACUUGGUGGCUAAUCUGGCAAAAGAUCUGGGUCUUAAGGUGGGGGAAUUGGCCACUAGAGGGGCACGAAUGCAUCAUAGAGGGAACAAAGAGCUCUUGCAGCUGGAUGCAGAGACCGGGAAUUUGUUUCUGAAGGAAAAACCAGACCGCGAGGAGCUGUGUGGGGCGACAGAACCCUGUGUGCUGCACUUCCAGCUCAUACUGGAAAACCCUGUGCAGUUCUUCCAAACUGACCUGCAGCUCACAGACAUAAACGACCAUUCUCCAGAGUUCCCCCACAGGGAAAUGCUCCUAAAAAUUCAAGAAAGUGCCCAGCCAGGAACUGUGUUUCCUCUGAAGGCGGCUCAGGACCCUGACAUAGGCAGCAAUGCUGUUCAGAACUACACAGUCAGCGCCAACCUUCACUUCCAUGUAGUUACUCACAGUCGAGCUGAUGGCAGGAAAUACCCAGAGCUGGUGCUGGACAGAGCCCUGGACAGGGAGGAGCAACCUGAGCUCACUUUAACCCUCACUGCUGUGGAUGGAGGGUCUCCUCCCAGGUCUGGCACCACCACAGUUCGCAUUGAGGUCGUGGACAUCAAUGAUAACGCUCCCCAGUUUGUACAGUCGCUCUAUGAAGUUCAGAUCCCUGAGAACAGCCCCCUUGGUGCCUUAGUUUUGACAGUGUCUGCCAGGGAUUUAGAUGCUGGGAUACAUGGGAAUGUAGCCUACUCUCUGUUUCAAGGUGGUGAAGUUUCUCAACCAUUUGUAAUAGACCAAGUCACAGGAGAAAUUCGCCUUAAAGGGGCAUUGGAUUUUGAGGCAACAACGUAUUAUAAUAUGGAAAUUGUAGCGGCAGACAGUGGAGGUCUUUCAGGAAAAUGCAGUGUAGCUAUACAGGUGCUGGAUGUGAAUGACAACGCCCCUAAACUCACCAUAUCUUCGCUCACUAGUUCAAUCCCAGAAAAUGUUCCUGAAGCUGUAGUCGCUGUAUUCAGUGUUUCUGACCCAGAUUCUGGGGACAAUGGAAGGAUGGUGUGUUCUAUUCAGAAUGAUCUUCCAUUUCUCUUAAAACCCACAUUCGAGAACUAUUACACUUUAGUGACAGAGGGGCCACUGGACAGAGAGAGCAGAGCUGAGUACAACAUCACCAUCACAGUCAGUGACCUGGGCACACCCAGGCUCACAACCCAGCACACAGUAACAGUGGAGGUCUCUGACGUCAACGACAAUGCUCCCGCCUUCACACAAAGCUCCUACACCCUGUUUGUCCAAGAGAACAACAGCCCCGCCCUGUACAUAGGCACUAUCAGCGCCACAGACUCAGACUCAGGCUCCAAUGCCCACAUCACCUACUCGCUGCUGCCCACCCACGACCCACAGCUGCCCCUCUCCUCGCUCAUCUCCAUCAACGCCGACAACGGGCAGCUGUUCGCGCUCAGGGCGCUGGACUACGAGGCCCUGCAGACCUUCGAGUUCCACGUGGGCGCCACAGACCAAGGCUCGCCCGCGCUCAGUAGCCAGGUGCUGGUGCGCGUGCUGGUGCUGGACGCCAACGACAAUGCGCCCUUCGUGCUCUACCCGCUGCAGAACGCCUCUGCGCCCUUCACAGAGCUGCUGCCCAGGGCGGCGGAGCCAGGCUAUCUGGUCACCAAGGUGGUGGCUGUGGACCGCGACUCUGGCCAGAAUGCCUGGCUGUCGUUCCAGCUGCUGAAGGCUACGGAGCCAGGGCUGUUCAGCGUGUGGGCUCACAAUGGCGAGGUGCGCACCUCCAGGCUGCUGAGUGAGCGCGAUGCUCCCAAGCACAGGCUGCUGCUGCUGGUCAAGGACAAUGGCGAUCCUCCGCGAUCUGCCAGUGUCACUCUGCAUGUGCUGCUGGUGGAUGGCUUCUCUCAGCCCUACCUGCCUCUGCCUGAGGUAUCGCGCGACUCCUUGCAGGACAGUGAGGACUUGCUCACACUCUAUUUGGUCAUUGCCUUGGCGUCUGUGUCUUCGCUCUUCCUCUUGUCUGUGCUGCUGUUCGUGGGGGUGAGGCUGUGCAGGAGGGCCAGGGCGACCUCGCUGGGUGGCUGCUCUGUGACUGAGGGCCACUUUCCUGGUCACCUGGUAGAUGUCAGCGGAACAGGGACUCUGUCCCAGGGCUACCAGUAUGAGGUGUGUCUGACUGGAGACUCUCGCACCACAGAUUUUAAGUUCUUUAAUCCCAUUAUCCCCAGUGGUCUGUUUCAGGACCCCUAGCUAAAUUUCAGUCACAGGGAGAAGUAGGUUUCAAUAACCCCAUCAGAAGUAGUUGCUUUAUAUUUUCCUUUUG